UAGCUGUUACGUAGCAUAGCACUUAUAUUUUAUAAUCAUUUAAACAUUUUCAGAUCAACUAGACUAAGGGUGGUCGAUGAGAAUGAAUCUAAUUGUUUUGCACGCGCAGAAAUGGAGCAAGAGUUGGUUCAAAGAUGGAAAGGCAAAGUUUCUACCAAACUCAAAAACACCACCGAACACCAAGCAUGGCCACUCAUCAAAGACUUUUUCAACCUCCACAAACGUUUCCCUAACCUCGCCACGUGUUACGGCAUCCACGGAUCCAACGGCGAGCCCGGAUGCAUCCGUUACUGUGCGGGAUUCUCCCUCCCAUCGGACGGCUCUCAGGAAGUGAGCUGGUCGAAGGAGAGAUUGGUGGCCGUUGAUGAUGUUGAGCGGUGUCUUACGUAUGAGAUCGUUGAUUGUAAUAUUGGGUUUGAGUCGUAUGAGUCAACGAUGAGGAUCAUCGGUGAUGCUGACGGUGAUGGUGACGGUGGGUGUGUGAUUGAAUGGUUCUUCGCCGUUGAUCCUAUUGAGGGUUUGGGGUUGGAGGAUUUGGUGGGAAAGUACCGUGUUGGUCUUCAGGUUAUGGCUCGGAAAAUGGAGGAAGAGAUCGCAACUUCUGUGCAGAGGAAAUGAGGAAUGGAAUGUAGCUUUAGAUUGCAGAAGUUUUAUAAUUAUAUUAUUAUUUUCUAUUGUUUUAACGUGUAAUAAAGUUGUUAUUAUGGAAAGUCUAGUUGAUCUGAAGAUGUUGAAAUUAUUAAGUAUGGAUAUUUUAAGUUAUGAAUAGAGUUUUAAUAUAGAAUAUCUUUUUGUUAGUACUACUAGAUGAUACUUAUAUUUCAUAUAAUUUGUUUUUGAAA